GUCAAUCCACGGCCACGGCGUUCAAGUUUAUCAGCAUUGAAACGUGAGCAACAAAAUCAUCGUCAUCAGUUACAAUUACAACAGCAACAACAACAUCAACCGCAACCGCUUAUUCAAUAUCAUGGUGUCCAUAAUAAUGAUUUAUCACAUCAAUUACAAAAUACUUCACAUAAUAAUAUAUCAUUACAACAGCAACAGUCGUUGCCACAACAACAACAACAGUUACAUCAACAGCAAAAUCGCGAACACUUAUCGAAUACAUCGAAUUCAUCAUUUAAUUUUGUUUAUGUAACUCAAUCAUCAGCUAAUGCAGCAGCAUCAAUCGCAUCUGUUGGACAUCCUUUAGAUUGUAUGACACAAAAUUGUAUUACAAAAGAGCCAACUUCUAUUGCAGCCGCAGCACAACCCCUACCUCCAACAACUAAUACAAAAUCAAAUUCUGAAAGUAACAGUAUAACUGGUAUAGUUAAACAAUCAUUUGGAUUUUGGCGUGGUAGUAAUAAUCAAUCAAAUAAUACAAAUAACAGUACCAAUAAUACAAAUGCUAUCAAAUGUAAUGAACAAGAAACUGCUCCUAUAAAGGGUGCUUCGAUGAUGCUCUGUCCUAUACCGCAACCAUUUCGCCAGCAAAACAAUAAUUCAAAUUGGUUGACAAAUAAUCAACAGCAAAAAAAUUCGAAUAAUAUAAAAUCAUCAUCAAUAAAUGGUUGUGAUUAUCCAAAUGAAUCAAAUGGUGGAAUAUUUUUUAUUCAUCAACAGAAUCAACAUAUUAAACAACAUCCGACUCCAUUACCACCAUCAUUGCAAAAUGCAAUUAAUACAAACGGUCACUCGAAUCAUAAUAACCAUCAUCAUCUUCAAAAUAAUCAUCAAUAUCAACAUCAACAAAAUAAUCAUAUUCCUAUAUCAGCCGUUAACGGACAUUACUAUCAUUCAAAUAAUUGUAAAAUUCCAUUGGGAUCUACUAGUGGAAAUCAACAACAGCAACAACAAACACAUCAACAAAAUUUUCAUCAAAUAUCGAAAACUGCUACUAAUUUAUUAGCGGAAAUAUAUGAAAAGCAUUUUCUUAAUCAAACAACAUUUGAAAAUGUUGCUCUGUUGAAUGCACAUUCACGUAAUAGUGGUCAAAUUCCAUUAGGAUUAACUGUGACAAAAAAUUCUUCAUCAUUUAUUACUGCCAUGGGAAAUGAUGAUAAUAAUUAUCAUCAAUCUACAAUUAUUCAUAGCAUGAAUCAUUCAACAUCAAAUUCUGGUAAUUUGUCUCGUCUUGCUUCUGCUGCAACUACCACCAUAUUAGAUGAUGAAUUCAGUUUAAGUAGUUUAGAACAUAAGCAGCAAACAGUUAGAAUGCAUGUUUCUGGAUAUCCUCAACCGCAAACAUUAAAUCAGCCUUCUAAUGCACAGCAUCAACAACAACAACAACAGCAACAGCAACAAUCAACGCCGCAAGUAAUUAAUUAUGAGCAUCAAUUACAAUUGCAAUUUGAGCCGCAAGAUCAGCAAUUGCAUGCUUCAUUUAGACCCCCCGCUACAAUAAACUGCAGCUAUCAGCAACAACAACCAAAUCACUUACAAGACAACAGUCAGAUGUGCCAAAGAAAUUUAAUAAAUCAAGCGAAUCACUAUCCAACUCAAAAUGCAACUCCAAUUUCUUAUCCCACACAUCAACAAAUAUUACAAAAUCGACUUGCUGUCAAUGAAAAUAAUGAUUUAAAUGAUAGAUCAUCUUCUCCAUAUGGACAUCUUUACGAAGUUAUUCCAGAACACCCACCAGUACAGCACCCGCCUCUACAUCCACCACAACAGCAACAACAUACUCGUACAAGUGGAACAAAUCGUGUACUUCGUAAACGUUCUUCAAGUAAAUCUCAAAGAAAUCAAAAUAAAGAUAGUAAUAAAAAUUCAGCAACAAAUGUACCGGUAGAUGGUAGUGAAAAUAAACAAAAUUAUUUAUUAAAUCAAAAAGGAAAAAUUAUUACUUCUGGAAAUGAUGAACAUACUUUUAAUAAUAGCAAUACUACAAAUGGUUCUUUAGUCCAAAAACCACCUCCAAUUCCAAAUUUGCCACCACCUCCAAAUAUUCCACCACCCGAUAUACUAUCAAAUGUAAAUAAUGUUACUCAGUCUAAUACAGGAAUGCAAAUGCAAAGAACAAAUGCAGAUGGAGAACAUCAUCCUAAUAAAACACAAACAACCGAAAAUUAUAAAAAUUCAAUUCAAUUUCAUUCAAGUCAUACAAAGCAACCAAAUCAAAAAGAAAAACAGCAAAAGCAACCAGCAUUAGUAUCUUCGAUCCAACAACAACAACAAUCAAAAUUACAAUCGUCAGAUGUUGAUAAUGAAAAGCAAAAGCAAAAACAAAAACAACAAUCUAAUAAUCAUACCAUUUCUUCCGGACAAGAAGUAUCAAAAGUUUUAAAUUCGUCCUCCUCGUCGUCUACAAAUAAUAGCAAUAAUAAUAAAUUAAAAAAUGAUACAGGAAUUUCAAAUAUUCGUGGUACUUCAAAUGCUAGCAAUUGUACAACAGCAACAACAACAACUACAAAUAAGGAUAAUAAUUCUUCUUCCGCUACAAUAGCAAUUCUUGUAAAUAAUAGUAAUAAUAAAAAUAGUAAAGGAAAUUCUGAUUCAACUAAUAUUUGUAUACCAGUAGUUGAUGGUGUUAACAAUAAUCAUAAUAAUAGUACUAUAGCUUCAAAAACAAAUGAAAAUAAAUUAACAGAAUUUGGUAAAGACCAUCUUCAUCAACAACAAAAUCAACAUUUGAUUAUUCAAUACGCACAACAACAGCAACAACAACAACAGCAACAACAAUUAUCAGCCGGUAUUAUACUAUCUCCUGAUCAACAUAAAAUCCAAUUAAAUAAUAUUGUUGGUCCAAUGAUUGCUACUGGUGCACUUACAACAACUUUAAUUCCUUCUACUGCAACUAAUUUAAUAACAGUUCCAAAUAAUUACGAUGAAUUUAAUAAUAUGGAAACAUAUUCAACUGAUACACCAAAUGGUAUUGCAAAAUUCUUUUAUCGUAAUAGUAAAAUCGAUUUAAGUGAAGAAACCGCACAAGUUAUGGCAGCUGCUGCAUAUUAUGCAACAAGAGCUGCAGCAAAAUUUUCUCAAAGUGGUGGUGGCAAUAGUAGUGGUACAUCCUCAAAAAUACGUUCAGAUAUGACAUCAUCAAGUCGUAAUGGUGGAUUUUGUGGUGCAUUACAAAGAGCACCACCACCUAUGCCUCCUGGUCUUGCACGUAGGUUAGCUAACAAAGAGAAUUAUGGAAUUGGAAAGGUAAAAGUAAUGUUGCGUGUUUCGGAUGUAAAUACGGAUCAAGAAACACAACAUUUUAUGACAGUUGAUAAGAAAAAACGUCAAGUAACAUUGACAGAUCCAACAACAAUAACAAAUGUAACAACAAUAGCAACACAAGCAGAUCGUGCACCAAUGGUUGCUGCACCCAAAAUGUUUGCAUUUGAUAAUUUAUUUACAGCGGAUGAUCAACAGAGUGAUGUUUGUUCAUCUGCAUUAUCAGAAGUAAUUCCAGCUGUGCUUGAAGGUUCUGAUGGUUGUCUUCUAUCAAUUGGCUAUCCGAAUACGGGUCAAUCGAGAACAAUGUUAGGUGCAGUUAAUUCAUCUACAGAACUUGGUGCAAUACCAUGUGCAAUAUCAUGGUUAUAUAAGGGUAUAAAUGAAAGACGUCAAAAAUCAGGUUCACGUUUUUCAGUUAGAGUUAGUGCAUUAGGUAUAAGCGCAACAAAACCAGAUUCAUCAUCAAAAGAUUUAUUGGCUGCACAUGCCACGGAAUCUGAUGAUUCACCAGGUGUUUAUUUAAGAGACGAUUUCUUAGGUGGGCCUACUGAAUUAAGAGCACCAACAGCUGAAAGAGCAGCAUUAUUUUUAGAUGCUGCUUUAGCUGGAAGACCACAAAGUGGAUUAGAACCAGCAAUGAUUUUUACAUUACAUGUUUAUCAAUAUAGUUUAUCGAGGAAAGGCGGUGUUGCAGGUGGUCGAUCUCGUUUACAUUUAAUAGAUUUAGGAGGUUGUGCAAAUCGUAAUGGCGGUUUACCAUUAUCAGGAAUUGGUAAUAUAUUAUUAGCAAUAUUAAGCGGACAACGUCAUCCACCGAAUAAGGAUCAUCCGAUGACACCUUUAUUAAAAGACUGUUUAGCACCAUUGACUUGUCAUGUCUCAAUUUUAGCUCAUGUUUCCCAUACACAGACACAUGCUGAUGCAUUAACGACAAUCCAAUUAGCCUCUAGGAUACAUAGGAUGCGAAGAAGAAAACAUCGUUUUCCAAUUUCAUCGGAUAAAACAAUUGGCGUCAAUAAUACAGCUCAUCAAUCUGGUGGUUCUUCAGAGGGGCCAGAUCCAUCAAGUUCUGAUUUAUCUGCUGACACUGUCAUUUAUAUGGGUCCAUGUGAUGAUGCAACGGAUGGUGAACAUCCACCAGUAUAUUUGCCAUCAUUAGGCAGUGGAGAUAAUAGAUGUGCCAUGAAUAAAGCAUUAAAAGGAUCUAGUGUAGAAAAACAAACAAAAAUACCAUCAGUUAAAAAAUCACAAACUCAAAAACCACAAAGUCCUGUGGUUACAAAUCGAACGAAUAGCCUAAAGCGUAUAAAUAAUGUUCCUAGUCCAACACAACAGCAGCAACAACAACAACAAAAUUCAAAUAUAACAAAUCCUCAAGGUCCAUUAGAUCAUAUGACAAUAUUCUCUUCAACAUCAUCAGCCGCCCAUAAUUCACCCAUUAAAAUGGCAUCAUCAAUAUCAACAACAAAAAUUGUAGCCGGUGCAUUAAGACAUACAGUUGGUACUGGUAAUAAUACAGUUAAUACAAUAAUUGGUGGAUGUAAUUUAGUUAAUAAAGGUUCAAAUUCAUCAACACCCAAAGGAUCACCUUUACGACGACCAGUUUGUGGUGUUGGUAGUAAUACAUCAACAAACGUAGCAACAUCAACUGGUGUAAAUAAUGUUAUAAAUCCAGAAAGUCCAUUGAGACAAAUUAGUGAAGAACAAUGGAUUGAUGGCCCAAGAUUAUCAAGAGCAAAAGUUGCUGAAGCAAGACAUUUAUUACGUGAAAUCAAUCAUGUUAAACAGUGCGAAACAUGGGUUGAUGGACCGAAAUCAGCUACAUCAAGUAUAGCACAAUUGAAUGCAACAACACCGAUAACAUUAAAUCAACAUCAACAACAACAGCAACAAGCACAACAGCAAUUACAUCAACAAAUAUUACCGCAAUCUCCUGUAGCAAAACCAUUAGUUAUUGGAAAUCUUCCAGUGCCAUUGUCACAAACAGCACAAGGUUAUGGUUUCAUGGAUUCACAUAAAAAAAUUAUGAUUAGGCAAUGGGUUGAAAAUCAAUCAUCGCAUGUCUUCCAAAGAGGUACAUCUGUUUCAGCAAAUUCUUCCCCAACACAUUCAACAUCACAAACAGCAAUGACUGCCCAACAGCUAGCCCAACAUCAGCAGAAUUUACAAGCACAACAACAACAAAUACAACAACAGCUAAGAACUUUAUCAUAUCAAAUAUCGCAAUAUAAUAGUGCUGCAGCAAUGACAACAACUAGUAAUUGUGCCAGUCCCAACAGGCAACUAGAUUUGAAAACAGAAGAGGAACAAUUAUUAAGUAGAUUAGAAAAUAAUAAUUCAACCGAAAUGGUAAAUGCAAUUGGAGAUGGUUUAACAAGUUUAAUUGCUUCUGGGGUUGCCAUCGAAAAUAGUAUACGUAUUGGUUUAAAAGUAACUGGUAAUAGUAAUAGCAGUACAUUACAAAAUGCGGAUGAUACAGAUUUAAUAUCAGAAAAAUCAUGUCACAACAUUCACCAAACUAAUAAUGCUGGUGAUAAUCAUACAGGUAGCGGAAAAGAGGAUGAUCAAGAGGAUCAGGAUAGUGGGCCAUCUGAAGUUCCACCUGCAUUACCACUUAUAACACCACUUGGUUCUAGAGAAAUUUCUCAUGAAAGUUUACAUCGUAUUAUAUCAAGGCAUGUAUCAAGAGAAAGUUUGGCAAUGCAACAACAAAUGGCUGCUAUGAAUAGUGCUAUGAUGGAUUGUGGCUUACAAGUGACUGAAGAUGAAAUUGCUCGAGCUAUGAGCACUAAUGGAGAACAUCCAUUAGCUGCAUUAAGUAAUGGUGAUAUAUCUGUAGUUUCUAGCUUUAAUAUUGGAGAUGCGUUUAGUGAUUGUGCGAUGGGUGAAAGAACGAGGAACCAAUUUGACCAGCUAGCGCGUCUUCGUGAAAUAUUUACAUCACAAUUAGCAAUGGCUGAAGUUACACCCAAUUUUAGGAUGCAUGAGGCGAAUAGUGUUUAUAGUGAACCUGCAUUUCGUUUUAAUACAGGUCCUGGUAGCGUAUGUAGUGAACCACCAUAUCGUCCUUCUAGUCCAAGGUGCGGUAGUUGCCGACAAUCAUUAAAUGCAUCACGUACACCUAGUCAAACAUCUCUGCCAAGCCUUAAUGGUAUUAUGACAAUAGCUGGCAUGGAACAGUAUGCAUCAUUAAGACAUCCAGAUGGUGCAUCAGAUCCAAAUUUACAAAAUAAGACUGAACAAAAUUCAAGACAACAACAGCAAAAUCAUCAUCAAUCGAACGACUUAGACGAUGAUGAUGAAUUAAAUAAUGAAAAAUCAGUUUUAUUAGGAACAUCAACAACAUCUUCAUUAAAACAUCAUCAGCAGCAGCAACAACAACAACAGCAGCAACGUCCUUCACCAUUUGAACCAGAUGAAAAGAGCUUACUCUGUGAUCUACCAAUUGUGUCACAAAAUCAAUUACCACUCCUUCCACUAAAUACUUCAUCGGAAACAGCAUAUGAUAGCGGUCAUGAUUCAUCAACACCAAGAACAUCGAAACAUUCUGGUAUAUCUAGACGUGCCGAAAGUGGCUAUCAUAGUGUUGCGACAGCACGUGAUAGCGAUGAAUCAUCAUUUACAUCUGGUUCAAUGGUUACAAAAGAACAGCAAUUAUUACAGCAUCAUCAUUUACAUCAUCAACAACAACAUUUACACCAUCAACACAUGCAACAACAACAUCAACAACAUAAUAAAAUAACAAUAAAGAAGAAACGUCAAGAUAAAUCAUUAUGUAAUUGGUUGAGAAAUCCAUUCACUUGUACAUAUCCGGAAACUGAAGGUGAAAUUAGUGAUUUUUAAUAUUAAAUGUUUUUUUUUUGUUGUUGUUUUUUGAAAUUAAUUUCAUUUCUAUCUUUAAAAUAUUGAAUUUCUUUUUUAAUUCAAUAUUAUAAAAAUUUAUAUAUUGUACAUAAUAUGACAAAAAUGUCAAAAACCAAUUAACAAUUUAAAAAAAAAAUGAACCAAAACAAAAAUAUAUAACAAAAAGAAAAAAAGACUUCAAAAUUAUCAUAUUACAACCAUGACAUGAAUAGACUUACAUGAAUCUUGAAUGGAAAAUAAAAAGAAAGAAAGAGAAAGGGAUAAAAUAAGCGUCAAAUUAAAUAUUUUAAUAGUAAUUUGCCUAUGUGAAUGUGUACAUAUUUUACUUUGAGAGUUUACUUUGGGCAUAAGGGAG